AUGAACAGGCAUCCGCACCUGAGUCACCCUCGCAUCUCUAACCGGUCUUGGCGGGAAACUGGGGACAACAGACGACAGGGCCGAAGGCGGCGCCUGGGACAAAAAUCCCAACUGCGGAGCCACGAUGUCCCUGAUAGUGGACAGGAAGCAACGACUCCUGCCAUCUCGGCGAGGGAUACCGCCGUGACCUUCUGCCUUAGUCCCCCGAGAAGGAACCGAUGGAGCUCUCGAGCCUCCAGGAGCCGAUCCAGUCGGCUUAAGAUGAGAUAUAGGGGGAACCGCAGCGGCAGAACCCGCCACCAGCACUGGCGCCCAACCCGCGGCGGCGCCGCAACCUCCGCCGAGACAACAGGUGCCACCUCUGCCGACAAAGAUAAGGUUCCCUCUACCAGAGAAGCCUCCCCGGAAAUUUCUGACAAUGCCAAGUUCAUUGUUGACGGCGCCACAUAUUAUGACAUACAGCAGAAUGGACUGGGUGACUGUUGGUUCGUUGCUGCUGCAGUUACCCUAGCAGCAUCUCCAAGUAAUAGGAAACUCUUUGAGAGAGUUGUUCCCCUUAACCAAAGCUUCGACCACAAUUAUGCGGGCAUCUUCCGAUUUCACUUUUGGCAAUAUGGCGAGUGGAAGGAGGUGGUGGUGGACGAUCGAUUGCCCACGCGCCAUGGUAAACUCAUCUACGCUGCAAACCGGAAAGAGACGAACGAGUUCUGGUGUCCUCUCUUGGAGAAGGCGUAUGCAAAACUCUACGGGUGUUACGAAGCUAUCGACGGUGGGUGGAUACACGACGCCCUUGUGGACAUGACGGGCGGGAUCUCCGAGCUCAUUGAAAUGCAAGAAGGAAUAUCAUUGGACGAACUCCGAACGACGCUGUUUUCCAAGGAGAAGAUGAACACGUUGAUGGGAGGAGCCAUUGAUAACAAACCCGGAUCAAGACAUCGUGAAGCUCAACGGAAGAACGGACUGAUCGAAGGUCACGCCUACAGCAUUGUCGACAUCAGAGAGAUUAAUCAAGGAGGAAAAUCUACAACGCUGUUACGCCUAAGAAACCCGUGGGGUAGAGGUGAAUGGAACGGACCGUGGAGUGAUGGUUUUGGGCUCUUCGGCCAAGCCUUCGAGCCCUUUCUGAAUCGCAAAGGGCGACAGUUUUUUCAAAGCCCCUUCAUCGGAAGACCCGAUGACGAGAAACCUUGGCCAGGUUCAUUUUGGAUGAAUCCUCAGUACAAAGUACACCUCGAUAAGGCGGACAGGCGAAUCAGUGUGAUUGUUAACCUGAUGGAAGUGUCUGACAGGCGAGUUCGAGAUGAAUUUGCCGUUUACAUUGGCUUCGUCAUCUUCAAGCUUCGGAAAGGUCGGAAACCUCUCCGACUCUCUGGCGACAAUUUCUACAAGUUUAUGCCGGAAGUGGUGAAAACGUCUGGCACAUUUGUGCCCUACAGAGAGAUAACGAUGCGAUUUGAACUGGAGCCCAGCACCUACAUCUUAGUUCCAUGUACCUCCGAGGCUUCCAUGGAAGCAGAUUUCUACCUCAGGGUGAUGACCGAAAAACCAACAAGAGUAGAGCGUGUGUACCCUCCCUGA